UAUUUAGUUUUAAUCCACACAUCAAAAAUGGAACCAACUGCACCUUUAAACUUGAUGAUACUGGGGAAAACACAAGCUGGGAAGAGUUCAUCAGGAAACACAAUAGUGGGACAAGAAGCUUUCGGUUUCAAGAAGAGAAAUGUAGCUGUGCAAUCCAGUGCUGUCUAUGGGUUUCCUGUCAAUGUUUUUGACACACCGGGUUUCUGUGACACAGAGAUGAGUGAUGAGAAGAUAAAGCAGAUAUAUGAAGAGGUCUUCCAAAAAUGCGAUUCAGGUCCCUGUGCAUUUCUCCUGGUCAUCAAAGCUGACAGAUUCACUGAAGAAGACAGAGAAACUGUGGAGAAGAUUGAGAAGUUCUUGGGAGAAAACCGCUUGCAGAAAACCUGGAUUCUUUUCACUGGAGGAGACAAACUACAAGAAUUAAACAUGACCAUAAGAGAACUCCUUGAUAGAAAUGAAGGUUUGAAGACACUUGUUGAGAAAUAUAAUCGGAGAUUUCACGUGUUCAACAAUACGAUGAGAGGACCAAGUGACCAAGCUAGAUUGCUUCUUGUAAAUAUUCACCAAAAAUCUUUGGGGCUAAAGAGGAGGAUGACCAGACAGAUUUCUGUCCGACCAAACACUUGUAAUGAACCAGAGAACCCUGCUGACAGCCUCUCAUCCAGAAGGAUUGUUCUUAUUGGUAAAAGUGGUGUUGGCAAGAGUGCAGUUGGAAACACAAUACUGGGACAGAAAAAGUUCAAAUCUGAGCUUUGUAUGGAUUCAGUUACCAGUGAAUGUUCAGAGAAACACGGCAUUGUUUCAGGCAGAUCUGUGUCUGUAGUUGACACGCCUGGAUUAUUUGACACACAGUUGACACAUAAGGAGAUAAUGAUGGAGAUAGCAAAAAGUGUGUAUCUAUCCAGUCCUGGACCUCAUGCUUUUCUCAUUGUGUUUCCUGUGAAUAUGAGGUUCACUGAACAUGAGCAGCAGAUUCCUCAGAUGAUUGAGUUGAUGUUUGGUCAGGAGGUGUUAAAAUACUCCAUCAUUCUCUUCACUCAUGGAGAUCUGUUAAAAGGAAAGCCCAUAGAGGAACUCAUUAAUAAGAACGCUAAAUUAAGGCAUCUAAUCCAGCAGUGCGGAGACAGAUUUCACGUCUUCAACAAUGAAGAUGAGAAUAAUAGAGAGCAAAACACAGAUCUACUGCAGAAGAUUGACACAAUGAUAGAGCAAAAUGAUGGAUACUACAGUAAUCAGAUGUAUGAGGAUGCUCACAGAUUCAGACAAAUGGAGAAAGAGAGGAGAAAGAGAGAGGAAGAAGAGACAAAACUACAAGUGGAGAAACAAAUACAAGAGGAGACUGAGAGAUUGAUGAAGGAGAAAGAGCAGAGAAUCAGAGAAGAGAUGGAAGCUAAACAGAGAUCUGAACUAGAAAGAGUGAACGCAGAGAGACAGAGAGAAGAAGAGCAGAGAAAACGACAAGAGGAGAAACAAAGACGAGAGGAGAUGCAGAGAGUGAGAAUAGAGACAGAGAAGAAAACUAGAGAAGAGAUGGAAGCUAAACAGAGAUCUGAACUAGAAAGAGUGAAAGCAGAGAGACGGAGAGAAGAAGAGCAGAGAAAACGACAAGAGGAGAAACAAAUACAAAAGGAGAUUGAGAGAGCGAGAAAAGAGACAGAGAAGAAAAUCAGAGCUGAGAUAGAGGAAAAAACAAAAGAAGAAAAUAAGUCACAUACAGAAAAGGUCCCUGAAAUUACAGAGUUUUCUAAGCAGUAUGAGCCAGAGUUAAAUCUUUCUGCUUCUGCAGCUAAUAAAAACAGCAAUACUGGUUUAGGAGCAAUCUGUGGUAGUGUUCUUGGUGGUGCUGUUGGAUUACUUGCAGGUCCUGUUGGUGCAGCUGCUGGUGCAAGUCUUGGUGCAGGUCUUGGUGCGGCAAUAAGUAAUUUUUUUAGCUAGAUGAUUGAGUCCUUGAUAUAAACACAACUACAUUAUGGGAAAUUAGGGCAUGCAGUGAAAAAUAAUCCAGAUUUGAUUUGAAUAAUAUUGCAAGUUAAUUUUCUGCAAUAAUAUUGCAUAAUAACUGCAAGUUUGAUUUAGUUGCUCAACGUUCUAUUAUUUACAUGAGUGAUAUAUUAAUCAUUGAUUCUUAUUCAUUUUUUAUUAUUGAUAUCCUGUUCUAGAUAUAUGUAAUGAAUUGGAUCCAGAUCUAAGGAUCUAAUUUGUACCACCCUAUGUGUGUAGCUUCAAGACAAUAACCAUAUAUUUGUUAUUUUCUAUUACUUUUUGUUUUGUUCAGUUAUUUGUAAUCAUUUAAUAAAAUUCAUUAAAAAAACAUUUAAAAAUCCUUUUAUUAUUCACUUUUAACAUAAAAUCAUUUAUGAAUGAACCUUUUUUUCAUUUUAUUAUAUUACAAAUAAUUUUACUUAUUUCCUUUGCUCUUGCAAUGCUUGCUAUUGUUGUUUAAUAUGAUGGUGUGGUUUCAAGGGAUAUUUGUCGUCAAGAGAUAGGAGAAUGUUUCCAAUUCAAGGUUCCUGUGAAGAAAGAUGUUGUGAAGAAGUAAUUUUUGCUGUAAUUAAAUGCUGGUCAGAUGAACACACGACAAAGUCUGACUGAACACAAAUAAGAUCAUUCAAUAAACCCCGAUCAUUAUUACCAUCACUUUGUCUCCUGUUCCCUGCUUUUCUCCUUCCCCUUAAGAUCACAGAUGACAGUCAAUAACAGUUCCAGGUAUCAGACAAAAUGUUGUGUAAACUUGUAAAAGAAAUAGUCACACUUUAGUAUAGGGACCAAUUCUUAGUAUUAACUAGUUGCCUAUUCA